ACCUGAUGUGUAGAAAACCUGGUCACAGCUCGUAGCUUAGUUUUUUUACUGCUGCAACACAGUCUGAAUGAUUCACCGUGUGUGUACAAUAUAGUAGGGGAGAAGUAAAAUGAUGACAAUAUUUCGAUAGAUUUGUUUAGGCUGAGCUAAAAUGGAAAGACAUGUUCCGUAUAAUAAGCAAAUGAAAAUUGGACAACAGUACAAUGCCAAAACAUGGAAUGCUGUGGGUAACAGUUCGCCUGAAUCUUCGGAAAACACACAAAAGACAUUGAUCAACAUUCCUGAAACUAGGUUUUCAUUUGUUAAAACAUUUGAUGAGCUUUGCAGCUCGUUGAUGCUACCUGAGGAAUACGCACUUAAAGUCCGAACUGGUCUCAUAGAAGAUAACGGAGUGACUGAGGUUUUCAACUGUUUAGAAACUGCACACUCCAUAACUGUAAUUAUUCGAAGAACAUUUGUAAAGGAGAAAAUUACGUACUUGGGUUCAGCUGAGGAUGAACUAAAUUCAGAAGCAACACACCUGGUUAACGGUUUCGACAUCGGCAAUGAAAUAAUUAUCAUUGAAAAUUUCGCAGCCAUUAGUGAAAGCGAGAUAAAAAAAAUUGAAGAUGAACUUAGCGAGUUUCGCAAAUCAUCAAAGGAGACUUAUGAUACAUCUUCAUUCAUCAAAUUUGCUUCAGUUAUAAAGUUUAUAGACAAAAAUAUCCAACGAGGCAUUUUCAAAGACAUAAAACGUACUUUACACACGAUGAGUUACGAUCAUAUCAAUGUAAACAGUAUGUUAGAAGCUUUAGAGCUACUGAAAGCUUUCAGCGAGGCUGAAGAAAAAUGGCGGAGGGUGGAAAAAUAUACAACAAGCCAUGAAGAGAGAAAAUAUAAAAUAAUGAACAAUGAAACAAAGAAUGAAAAAAUCUUACAGUUUCCUGAAGAGACAUUUUAUACGUUGAAAUCACUUAUAAAAUGUAAUUCGAUGAAAAUCACAGGAGAGCAAAGAGUAAAGACAGUGGAUAGUAAAGAAGCUAAAGAGUUUUACAAUGAUUUAUACAAGAUUUGGGUGAAGUGCUCUGAAUCUUUAGAAAAGCUGAAGGAUUUACUGUCAAAGGAAGGAUUUAAGUUAUUCGUGGACAAUAACGAAUAUAGAAACCUAAAGAAAAAGAUUGAAGUUCUAAAAGAACAGGUUAAGAACAUGGUAUUUGAUCUUAACCUGAACUAUAUAGCCGAAGAUAAACUUGACAGUAUUAGACAUGGAAAAUACAACUGUAAUGCGGUGGACCUUUAUAUCGAGAUGAAAACACAACGGCUUCCCGCAGGUGGUGAUGUCAAGUUAGUUUUGUUUGGUAAAAGUGGGCAUGGGAAAAGCACACUUGGAAACAGGAUUCUUGAAAAGGACGCUUUUAGCCGACCAACUAAUGAUAGUAUACGAAAUGACAGCUCAGUGAUUGAUUCACGCAAUGUAUAUUGCACUGAUACGUCGGAGUUUUAUGAUAUAGAUUCUAGGGGGAAAAAAACAUUAUGGCAAAAAAUGUGUAAACCUAGCUCUUUUGGCAAUUAUAACGCAUUAAUAUUGGUUUUAGCUUAUGGAACGAGAUUGACGCCGUAUGAAAAAGAUAAAAUCGGUGAUUUCAAAUCGCAAUUUCCCAAAGAAACUCAUUCAAAGAUUAUCAUUGUAAUAACUCGAGGAGAUAAUUUUAAAAACACGGAAACAGUGUCGUUUACUGACUGGUUAAAAGAAAACCCAGACGAGUACCUCAAAGAUCUUUUACAUGAAUGUAGCAACCGGUGUGUCUUGUUUGAUAACUCCACGACGGAUAAGAAGAUAAGAAAGGAACAACAAGUUCUACUCAUCAACUACGUAGACUCACUAAGGCCUCAGAGUUUCACUAACAACAAGAACACGUUUUUUGAAAGCAUAUGUGUUGAGCUUUAUGAAUGUUUACUUAAAAUGGAAGAUAAUUUUCAAACAAAUGAUGAAGUGCUAAAACUGACAUACAUUUCAAUUUUCAUAUAUAAUGACUCAAAUUUCAUUAGUUAUCAACAAGAUGCAUUUAAUGCGCUAAAACAGUUGCGAGAUGCAUUCAAAGUUGACAAUACUGAACUCCCACGGUCCGAAAUCGAAAAACGUUUAAAAAACCUCAAAAUGUCGUUAAAAACCCUAACAGACGAAAUAAAAAAAGGAAAGCCUAUUAAGGCUAAGUGAUGCUGUUGACAUGGACAAUUUUAAAAAAAAGUUUUUCUUUAGUUUUUAGAGCAGUUUUGGACGUGUUACUAUUUUGUUAUUAAUAAUACGAAAACUAUUUUAUUACAUAUCCUUUUUAUUAUAUUUAUACAUUUUCAAUAUGUUCCACAUUGAAGGGUGACAUUGCACCAUGAAGGGGAAUAUUGCACCAUGACUAAGCUAAAAAUAUUAUUUCAUGACCUCCUAAGCUGACUCAUUGCAACAUUUCUCAUCUAUCUAGAUUAUUCUCAUUUUAACCCAUGGUGUUUAAUAACUAUGUAAUAUUAUUGUUUUCCCGAAUUUUCGAAUGCUUUGAUGCUGAUGUCUUUACUACUCAAUUGCCUUUUAUUUUACUAAAAUGUUGUUAUUAUGUUUUUUUUUUUUUUAAAAAAAAGACCAAUGGAAAAAAAUGCUCCGUUGCCACUUUUGUUAUCGUUAUUGAAAAAAAAGUUGAAUAAAGUUGAAUGGUGAUAUUGCACCAUCAGGGUUGAUAUGCAUCAUGAACGAGCUAUCACGGAAAAUAUAAAUGACGGUGGAGAAUGAUGUACGCUGAAUUUAAAUAGUGAAAACAUUUUAUUAUAUAAUUUAUUUUGUAUCGCCUUGCAGAAUUUUAUAUUUUACUUUUGCGUUUAAAACCAGCAAAGGAGAAUAUUGAUUUGUCGUAGACCUAUAAGUUUGUUGUAGAAUAUUUUUAGAUGGCAGUUUUACUAUGCAUUUUCUGAUGAAAUAAAAAACAU